AUGCCAUUCACCCACACGUCACUCGCAGGCUUCGUCUGGGGAGUUGAUGAACUCGAUCGACGGCAAGAGAUCCUCGAGGCUCUUGCUCAAAAUCCGCUGAAGACAAUAUGUCGCAAUCCAUAUCGACUGUCUCGGAAGGAGCUAUGGACAUUGAGAAUGAAGCAAAAUCUGGAACUUCUUGAGCUCAAGAUGCGUCUGGGUUGGAGCGCCCAGCAUUAUCUUGACGCUCUGAGAAUAGUGUGUCCUGAUGUGGCAUCGACAAGCCCGAAUUACAGAAAACUUGAAGCUGAUGAUUUGAGCACAGUAUUCUUGAAAAACCUCCAGGCUCAGAUGAGUUCCGAACAGCAGGCGUACUGGAUACCGAAAGCACAGAAUUUCGAGAUUUGUGGCACCUACGCUCAGACCGAGCUUGGACAUGGCAGCAAUGUCAGAGAAAUCGAGACGACUGCCACCUUUGAUGCACAGACGGAUGAAAUCGUACUUAACUCGCCCACCUUGUCGAGCCAUAAGUACUGGAUUGGGGGCCUUGGUGUUAUGGCGACGCAUACUCUCGUCGUUGCGAGGCUGAUUGUAUCCGGAAAGGAAUUGGGGAACCAUGUCUUCUUGGUUCAAGUCCGCGAUGUGCAGACUCACGAACUUGUUCCAAAUGUCCACAUUUACGAACAGGGAGAGAAAACUCUCGGGACAUUUGCAUCAAUGGACAACGGGGUCAUGAGAUUCACGAACAAUCGGAUCCCGAGGUCUCAAAUGCUCGCAGGGUAUGUCCGUCUAGACCGUGACGGCACUUAUCAUAAGAGCGAGAACAAGAUGCAUUCGUAUACGUCGAUGGUUAUUGUCAGAGGUUUGAUGUCGCGAGAAAUCGGGCAAGAUGUCUCCAAGGCCAUCGUCAUCGCUCUUAGGUAUGCUGCAUUUCGAAGGCAAUUCAAUAGGAAAGACGGCGCGGAGACUCGAGUCAUUGAAUACGCGAGCGUUAGGAACAGGCUCUUUCCUGCACUAUGCCGUGCCAUAACAAUGAUGCUCGUCGGCAGAGAAAUCCGUGACCAGGUCGAACAUCUGAAGGAUAACAAUCUGGAAAACCUUCACCUACAGACAGUUGGUGUCAAGGUUUGGGCUACUGAGCGUGGUGUCCGAGAUGUUGAAGUAGCUCGCCUCAGUUGCGGAGGCCAUGGGAAUAUGGCUGCAGCUGGGCUUGGUUCAAUUUACGCCCAGCUGUCAGCAAGCAGGACGUAUGAGGGAGACAACUACGUCUUGUCACAGCAGAUUGGUAACGCCGUCAAUAAGCAUUGGAACAAGUAA